CCGGAAGUUCCUGCUCGCUGGGUUAUCCUGGUCACCUUUGUUGUAUCACACCGGAGCCGGAUUCUUUUCUUCUAAGCAGCGCUCGGGAGAAACCCUAGACGUACCGGGAAGAUGUUGUCGCUGUGCAGUACGGUGCAGCCGCAGGUCACAGUGCCUCUAAGUCACCUUAUCACAGCCUUCCACACCCCCAAAACCGCAGCUUACUUCCCCAGUUCUGCCUCUAUCCAGAGUCUUCAGCGAGAUGUGUGCCCUGACCAUGAAGCUCACAACUCAGAGCCUACAUUCAAUCUACGAGACCUGGGUUUGACUGAACUGCGAAUCAAGCAACUGGACAAGAUUUUUGAUCAGCUUCUUCCUGGAAUCCACACAGACAAAAAGAAACAUCCAGCCCACUGGCACACGUCUUAUGUUUCUUCCCAGUCCUUCUUUGAAAACAAGAAUGGUUUUUCCGGAAUUUUCAGUACACUGGGCUCAUGUUCCAUACUCAGGCAAAAGCCCAGCCCACUCAAACAAAUCUGCACUGAUCUCCAGUAUUGGCCAGUUUUUAUUCAGUCUCGUGGGUUUAAAACGCUGAAAGUAAAAACAAGGCGCAUGCAGUCAACCUCUGAAAGAAUUGCACAAAUGGAAAAAACUGCUCCGUCCUUUAUGAAGGGGUUUUUGUUGCGGGAUCGAUUACCAGAUGUGGACAACCUGGAUAAACUUGUUAAGAAUAAAAAUAUCCCAGAUGGACAUCAGGACGCAUUUAAGACAGGAUUUGCUGAAGGUUUCCUAAAAGCACAGGCCCUCACCCAGAGAACAAACGAUUCACUGAGGAGGACACGUCUGUUUCUGUUGGUUCUCCUAUUAAUUGGAAUAUACGGCUUGUCAAAGACUCCAUUUUUGUCAGUUCGCUUCAGGACAACAUCAGGUCUUGAUGCUUCAGUUGAUCCUGUCCACAUGAAAAAUGUCACUUUUGAACACGUCAAAGGGGCUGAAGAGGCUAAAAAUGAACUCCAGGAAGUUGUAGAUUUUUUGAAAAAUCCACAGAAAUUCACAGUUCUGGGAGGCAAACUUCCAAAAGGUAUUCUACUGGUUGGACCACCUGGAACUGGAAAGACCCUCCUCGCACGAGCUGUUGCAGGAGAGGCUGAUGUUCCUUUCUACUAUGCGUCAGGCUCUGAAUUUGAUGAGAUGUUUGUUGGCGUUGGAGCAAGUCGCAUUAGAAAUCUCUUUAGAGAAGCAAAAGCCAAUGCACCUUGUGUUAUAUUUAUUGAUGAGCUGGAUUCAGUCGGGGGCAAGAGAAUAGAAUCCCCCAUGCAUCCCUACUCGAGACAAACCAUUAACCAGCUUCUUGCAGAAAUGGAUGGCUUUAAACCCAAUGAAGGUGUUAUUAUCAUUGGAGCAACGAAUUUCCCAGAAGCCUUGGAUAAUGCUUUGAUACGACCUGGACGGUUUGAUAUGCAGGUCACAGUCCCCAGACCAGACGUGAAGGGUCGGACUGAAAUUUUGAAGUGGUACCUCAGUAAAAUCAAAUUUGAUGUGGCUAUUGACCCGGAGAUCAUUGCCCGUGGAACAGUAGGAUUUUCCGGAGCAGAACUGGAGAAUUUGGUCAACCAAGCUGCACUGAAGGCUGCAGUAGAUGAAAAAGACAUGGUGACUAUGAAGGAACUGGAGUUCGCCAAGGACAAAAUACUUAUGGGACCCGAAAGAAGAAGUGUAGAAAUAGACAGCAGAAACAAGACAAUCACUGCCUACCAUGAGUCCGGCCAUGCAAUUAUUGCGUACUACACAAAAGAUGCAAUGCCCAUCAACAAAGCAACAAUCAUGCCAAGAGGACCCACACUUGGACAUGUGUCCUUACUUCCCGAGAACGAUCGCUGGAGUGAGACCAGAUCUCAGCUUCUUGCUCAAAUGGAUGUAAGCAUGGGUGGAAGAGUGGCAGAAGAAAUCAUUUUUGGCACUGACCAAAUCACAACAGGUGCAUCCAGUGAUUUUGACGGUGCUACAAAAAUUGCUAAGCUGAUGGUAACUAGGUUUGGAAUGAGCGAAAAGCUUGGAGUUAUGACUUACUCUGAUAUGGGGAAAAUUAGUCCCGAAACACAAGCUUCAAUUGAACAAGAAGUCAGAACACUUCUAAAGGAUUCCUAUGAACGUGCUAAGAACCUCUUGAAAACCCACGCUAAGGAGCAUAAAAACUUGGCAGAAGCGCUACUGAUGUAUGAAACUUUGGAUGCUAAAGAUAUACAGAUGGUGCUAGAAGGAAAGAAACUGGAGAGCAGAUGAUAUUUCAUCCUCCCAGCGGUGUGUUCCAUCUCCCGGGGACUUUCAAUGUCAUUGUUUAAUCGUCACUGCAGCAAGUUUCAUUUUUUUUUAUCUCUUAUCUAUACUUUAAUAUAUGCCAAAAUAUCCAUUGCCUUGUUUUUGAUCGCUGUUUAUUCCCCUUGUUUAUUAUUCAAUUGCACUUAUGUUAAAAUAGGGAGACCAGAUUUCAACAGUGAUCUACUAAAGAAUAACUCGGGACAGAACGAGAUAGAACAUACCAAGUAAGAUGUAUAGGGUGCAGACGUCUUCACUUACACAUAGCAGGCUGGCUGCAGAUAGAUCUGUCCUGGGCUUUCAUUGUAUAUGCCCAGCCAUUCAUACGUUGCCUUAUAGUACGUAUAUGCUAGGUGCUUGCAUACAGCAUCCAUUAAAGUCUGUGGUCUGAUCUAGACUUCAGUAUAUUACAGCUUCUUGAGUUGAGCAGUGAUAGGAUGUUCCUCUGAAAUAAAUGCAUGUAAGAUGUGAAUAAAGUGUAUGUUGGUGGCAGA